GGGGACAACUGUGACCAGUGUGCACGUGGAUACUAUGGCAACGCUUUGGGUGGUACACCAUAUGACUGUAAACGUUGUCCUUGCCCCAAUGAUGGUGCUUGCAUGCAAAUCAACGGCGACACCGUCAUUUGCACCGAAUGCCCUGUUGGCUACUACGGCGCGCGCUGUGAAAUGUGCUCGGACGGCUUCUUUGGUGAUCCAACGGGUAUCUAUGGCGCGGUGCAAACAUGUAAAGCGUGCGACUGCAACGGCAAUGUGGAUCCCAAUGCGGUAGGCAAUUGUAAUCGUACCACUGGUGAAUGUCUCAAGUGCAUACACAACACAGCCGGAAAACACUGCGACGAGUGCUUAGCAGGACACUUCGGCGAUCCACUGGCUCUACCACACGGCCAAUGUGACCGCUGUAGCUGCUAUCCACCAGGCACCGAACAAAAUCAGGAUGGUAUUACACAAUGCGAUCAAGUAACCGGUCAGUGCCAUUGCAAACCAAAUGUGAUUGGACGUGAGUGCGGUGAGUGCCAGCCAGGAUACUUCAAUAUUAUGUCGGGAAAUGGGUGUGAAAACUGCAUGUGUGAUCCUGUUGGUAGUUACAACUCCACCUGCGACAAGUUCACAGGACAAUGCUUCUGCAAGCCGGGUGUUUUGGGGCAACAGUGCGAUCAGUGUGAAGUAUACCAUUACGGCUUCUCCCAGGAAGGUUGUAAGCCUUGCGAGUGUGACGAAAGCGGCUCUAAAGGAUUCCAAUGCGAUCAGUAUGGGCAGUGUCCAUGCAAUGACAAUGUAGAGGGUCGCCGAUGUGAUCGUUGUAAAGAAAACAAAUAUGAUCGCCAUCUGGGUUGUAUAGAUUGCCCGGAUUGCUAUAACCUCGUACAAGAUGCGGCCAAUGAACACCGUGCAAAGUUGCAUAACCUUAGCGCGACAUUGGAUGAAAUUGCACGUACACCCGUUACUAAUGAUGAGGAGUUCGAGGCCAAAUUGAAGACCGUGCAAGAAAAAGUAGACAUCCUUUUAACCGACGCUAAGUAUGGCGCAGGCGAAAGUGGCCAGACGUAUGCUGAAGUAUUGGAUGAUCUGCAUAAACGCCUCAACAAUAUCCGCACACACCUGGUCACCGCCGACGAGCUACAAGAUAAGGCGAACGAUGAAAUCAAAAAGGCCAGACAAAACUAUUCCAAUGCGCAUGACAUUGUUGAGGCUACGAAGAAUGAACUGCAGAACGCAUUGAACUUACUAAAUGAUGACGGUGCACAGGCGCUGUCUAAAGCCAAAAACAAAUCUGUAGAGUUCGGUGUGCAGUCAGAUCAAAUUUCGGAGAUAUCACGCGAAGCACGGGCUUUAGCCGAUCGCUUAGAAUCGGAAGCGCAAGUCGAUUUGGAGAAUGCCAAGGAUGCCAACGAAGCAGUGGAGAAAGCCUAUGAGUUGGCGAAAAGUGCAAUCAACCUUCAGCAGAAAGUAAGCGAUGAACUGCGUUCAGAGGUACGUCUGGAGUUAAAUACAGUCAAGCAAUCGCUGACUAAUGUAGCUCAAACCACCAAAGAAGCGUUGCGUAAAGCGAACGAGGUUUACGACGCUGCUUUAACAUUGCUUACGGAUGUCAAUGGGCUAACUGCACCAGAAAUUAAUAUUAAGAAGCUUAAGAAGGAUGCAUUGGCAGCAAAUGAAGACGCCGAUCGCCUUUUGAAACGAGUCAACGAUAUAUCCAACAGCAACGGUAACAUAUUUGCCGAUUUCGAUGAGGAAUACGAACUAGCCGAUUUGCUAAUUCUCAGAGCAAACGAACAAAAACAAGACGAUAUCAGGCUAUUAAAAACCGCCCAGGACGCACUUGACAAAGCUAGAAAGGCUGUUGAGCAGGGCGAUAGCACGCUGAAAGAAGCCAACAACACAUAUCACACUCUGGCAGGUAAGAACAGCUCGAAAUAAAAUUUUAUUAGAGCA